AGAGCAUUCUUGUUCUGUCAGCGUCGAGGACAUCUUUCUUUUGCCCACAAUCCAUAAUCCUCCUCAAUUGACCUCCUCCUCCAACCUUCCGCAAGGCAGACUCCUCCUCCUCUGCUCCCCCCACUCUCUGUGUUCAUAUUUCUGCCGCCUUGUCGCCGCUCGCUCUCCUUACAGUUCAAGAGCCGGGAGAAGGUUUUGUUGACACAGACUGAUCUGCCUGCUCCUCCGCGGCAAAACAAGCCUCCUCUGCUCUCCUGCUCUUCAUUGAGUUCCUGGAGUCUUUUAAAGAUAGACAGACAGCUCUCGAAAUACAUACCCUCACGACGUAAUUCCUCACGAUGUACGGAUCAUCUACCGGUCCGCAGACGGGAGUCUCUACUCCACGGUCAUCCUCGUCUUUGCGACCUCUUGUCCUUUCGCAUGGCUCGCUCGAGCAUUCCUUUUUAAUACCCACAAAUCUCCAUUUCCACGCCUCCCAGAUCAAGGACCGCUUCCUUGCCUCGCUACCCGAACCUACAGACGAACUCGCGCAAGAUGACGAGCCGUCUUCCGUCCCAGAGCUGGUUGCGCGGUAUCUUGGAUUUAUCGCACACGACGUUGAAGCGGGCGAGGAUGAUGCCCAGGGCUCCUACGAAGAGGUGCUCAGAUUCGUGCUUAACGAGUUUGAACGGGCUUUCUUGGGAGGCAAUGAGGUCCAUGCUGUGGCUGCUUCCCUGCCCGGUAUUGAUGCGAAGAAGCUCGAGGUGGUACGAAGCUACUAUGCCGCUCGAGCGGCCGCGAACAGACCAAUUCGCCCUCAUCAAUCUGCCCUGUUCCGGGCUGCUGACGAUGGUGCAGCAAAGGUGUACAGCGUUUUCGGAGGACAAGGAAAUAUUGAAGAGUAUUUCGAGGAACUGAGGGAGCUAUACAAUACAUACCCAUCGUUUGUCGAGGACUUAAUCAAUUCUGCUGCAGAACUCUUGCAAAACCUAACCAGAGACCCAAGAGCGGAAAAGCUAUACGCAAAAGGCCUUGAUAUUUUGGCCUGGUUACACGACCCGGAGGCAACACCAGAUAUCGAUUAUUUGGUCUCUGCGCCCGUUAGCUUCCCUUUGAUCGGUCUUGUCCAGCUUUCACACUACAGUGUGACCUGCAAAGUUCUUGGUCUCACACCGGGGCAAUUCAGAGACAGAUUGAGUGGCACGACAGGUCACUCUCAGGGUGUUGUUUUAGCCGCUGCUACCGCCGCUGCAGACUCUUGGGAUGAUUUUAACAGAAUUGCUAUUUCAUCCAUCACGAUUCUUUUCUGGAUUGGAUCGCGCAGCCAGCAAACCUACCCAACAACGUCCUUGGCUCCAUCUAUUCCCCAAGACUCGAUCGACAACGGUGAGGGUAGACCAACGCCGAUGUUGAGCAUUCGAGAUUUGUCACGAGCACAGGUCCAGGAACACAUCGACGCCACCAACCAGUAUCUCCCAGAAGAUAGACAUAUUGCCAUCUCCCUUGUGAACAGUGCGCGCAACAUGGUAGUGACAGGACCUCCUAUUUCGCUUUACGGUCUCAAUCUCCAGCUCCGCAAAGUUAAGGCACCAACCGGUCUCGACCAGACUCGUAUUCCGUUUACGGAGCGAAAGGUCAGAUUCGUCAACAGAUUCUUGCCGAUCACCUCUCCUUUCCAUAGCAAGUAUCUCGCAGAUGCCACUACACAUAUUGAUGAGGAUCUGAAGGACGUAAAGAUUGACAGCAAGUCCCUGGGAAUACCUGUAUAUGAUACCAACACUGGCAAAGAUCUUCGGGAGGUUAAUGGGAACAUUGUGCCAACUCUUGUGCGUCUUAUUACUCACGAUCCAGUCAACUGGGAAAAGGCCACCGCAUUCCCUGAAGCUACUCAUAUCUUGGACUUCGGCCCUGGAGGAAUUUCCGGCCUUGGUGUCUUGACAAGUCGCAACAAGGAUGGGACUGGUGUUCGUGUCAUUUUGGCUGGUUCCAUCGCUGGCACCGUUCCAGAAGUUGGGUACAAACCCGAGAUGUUUGAUCGGGAUGAGGAGCACGCGGUCAAAUAUGCCGUCGACUGGGUCAAAGAACACGGCCCACGGUUGAUCAAGACCUCGGCUGGCCAGACCUAUGUUGAUACAAAGAUGAGUCGACUUUUGGGCGUUCCACCCGUCAUGGUCGCCGGUAUGACCCCCUGCACCGUGCCUUGGGAUUUCGUUGCCGCGACCAUGAACGCAGGUUAUCAAAUCGAGUUAGCCGGAGGUGGAUACUACAACGCGAAAGACAUGACAGAAGCCUUGACGAAGAUUGAGAAGGCCAUUCCUCCUGGACGAGGUAUUACGGUGAAUCUGAUCUACGUCAAUCCUCGUGCGAUGCAAUGGCAAAUCCCUCUCCUUGGUCAAUUACGGGCUGAGGGAAUCCCGAUUGAAGGUUUGACUAUUGGGGCCGGUGUGCCAUCUAUUGAGGUCGCCCAAGAGUAUAUCGACACCCUCGGGUUGAAGCAUAUCUCGUUCAAGCCGGGUUCCGUAGAAGCCAUUCAAUCCGUCAUCAACAUUGCCAAAGCAAGCCCAAAUUUCCCGGUCAUGAUGCAGUGGACUGGAGGACGUGGUGGUGGACACCAUUCUUUUGAAGAUUUCCAUCAACCGAUCCUACAAAUGUAUGGUCGUAUCCGGAGAUGCGAGAAUCUCAUUCUGGUAGCAGGCAGCGGUUUCGGUGGCGCCGAGGAUACAUACCCCUACCUUACCGGUACUUGGUCUGCAAAAUAUGGAUAUCCCCCCAUGCCCUUUGAUGGAUGCCUGUUUGGCAGUCGUAUGAUGACUGCGAAGGAGGCCCACACUAGCAAGAACGCCAAGAAGGCCAUCACAGAAGCAGAGGGUCUUGAUGACAGCCAGUGGGAGAAGACCUACAAAGGACCCGCUGGUGGGGUCAUCACUGUGAGAUCCGAGAUGGGCGAGCCCAUUCACAAGCUCGCAACUCGGGGUGUCAAGUUCUGGGCCGAAAUGGAUCAAAAGAUCUUCAGCUUGCCGAAGCAGAAACGCGUAGCAGAGCUGAAGAAGAACCGUGACUACAUCAUCAAGAAGCUCAACGAUGAUUUCCAAAAAGUCUGGUUCGGACGCAACAAAGCUGGCGAGACUGUUGAUCUCGAGGAUAUGACUUAUGGAGAGGUUGUCCGACGCAUGGUUGACUUGAUGUACGUCAAGCACGAAUCUCGCUGGAUCGAUAAGUCCUACGAGGUCUUGACCGGUGAUUUCAUCCGACGUGUUGAGGAGCGUUUCACCGCGAGUCAAGGCAAGCCAUCCCUGCUUCAGAGCUAUUCCGAGCUCGAUGACCCAUAUCCAGCUGUUGAGAGAAUCCUGGCUGCCUAUCCAGAAGCAGAAACUCAGCUCAUUAACGCUCAGGAUGUGCAACACUUCCUUAUCCUUUGCCAGCGUCGUGGCCAGAAGCCCACAACAUUCAUUCCAGCCUUGGAUGAAAACUUUGAGUUCUACUUCAAGAAGGAUUCUCUUUGGCAAUCAGAGGAUCUAGAGGCUGUCAUUGAUCAAGACGUUGGCCGAACCUGUAUCUUGCAAGGUCCUACUGCCGUCAAGUAUUCAAAGGUCGUCGACGAACCCAUCAAAGAGAUCCUCGAUGGUAUUCAUAAUGCUCACAUCAAGGGCUUGACUAAGGACAUUUAUGGCGGUGACGAAUCAUCCAUUCCAGUCAUCGAGUACUUUGGCGGCAAGCUCAUCGACGCUGAGCCGGAGGUCGAUAUUGAAGGUCUCACUAUCUCGCAGGAGACUGACAAGACAACGUACCGUCUGUCAGCAUCUGCCAGUGCUGCACUUCCAUCUCUCGAGUCGUGGCUGUCUCUUCUUGCCGGAGCCAAACGUUCAUGGAGACACGCUCUUUUCACCUCUGAGGUCUUCGUGCAAGGCCAGAAGUUCCAGACUAACCCGAUGAAGCGCAUCUUCGCUCCCGUCCGAGGGCUCUUGGUUGAAAUUGCUCACCCUGACGAGCCAUCUAAGACCGUCAUUACUGUGCAGGAACAGACAAGACCUAAUCACUACACCACAGUUAUUGACGUCAAGGUUGUUGGCAAGAAUGAGAUCUUGGUCAAUAUGAUUAAAGAGACAACCGCUGUCGGAAAGCCAGUAGCAUUGCCCCUCAGGUUCACGUAUCAUCCAGAGGCUGGAUAUGCACCCAUUCGUGAAGUCAUGGAGGGACGGAACGAUCGCAUCAAGGAAUUUUACUGGCGUGCAUGGUUCGGUAAUGAGACUCUAGACCUCGAUGCGCCAGUGACUGGGACAUUCAACGGUGGUAAAGCUCGCAUCACAAGUGAGGCUAUCAAUGACUUCGUCCAUGCUGUCGGCAAUACUGGGGAAGCAUUUGUCGACCGACCAGGAAAGGAAGUCUUCGCUCCUAUGGACUUUGCUAUUGUUGUUGGUUGGAAAGCCAUCACAAAGCCAAUCUUCCCUAGGACCAUUGAUGGGGACCUUCUCAAGCUUGUCCAUCUUUCAAACGGCUUCCGCAUGCUACCCGGUGCCGAACCAUUGAAGAAAGGUGAUGAGGUCGAAACAACUGCCCAAGUCAAUGCUGUCAUCAACCAAGAUUCCGGCAAGAUGGUGGAAGUCUGCGGAACUAUUACCCGACAAGGCCGCCCUGUGAUGGAAGUUACCUCACAAUUCUUGUACCGUGGAGCAUACACCGAUUUCGAGAACACGUUCCAACGAAAGCAAGAAACCCCCAUGCAAAUUCAUCUGGCUACAAGUAAGGAUGUUGCUGUCCUGAAAUCCAAGGAGUGGUUCAGCUUGGAUGAGCCCGAACACGAGCUUCUUGGACAGACCCUGACCUUCCGUCUCCAAAGCUUGGUUCGUUUCAAGAACAAGACCGUCUUCAGUAGCGUUGAAACUAGGGGUCAAGUCUUGAUGGAAUUGCCUACCAAGGAGAUCAUUCAAGUCGCUAGUGUCGAAUAUGAUGCUGGCGUCUCGCACGGCAACCCCGUCAUUGACUACCUUGAGAGACAUGGAUCUUCUAUCGAACAGCCUAUCAACUUCGAGAACCCAAUUCCUUUGAGUGGCAAGACGCCUCUUCUUCUCAAAGCGCCUGCAUCCAACGAGACUUACGCCCGUGUCUCUGGUGACUACAACCCAAUUCACGUGUCCCGCGUUUUUGCCAGUUACGCCAGCCUCCCUGGUACUAUCACCCAUGGCAUGUACUCAAGUGCAGCCGUUCGAAGCUUGGUGGAGACCUGGGCUGCAGACAACAAUGUUGGCCGUGUUCGAAGUUUCCACGCUUCGCUCACCGGUAUGGUCCUUCCCAACGAUGACAUUGAGGUCAAAUUACAACAUGUCGGGAUGGUCGCUGGCCGAAAGAUCAUCAAGGUCGAGGCUAGCAACAAGGAAACUGAAGAUAAGGUUUUGCUUGGUGAAGCUGAGGUUGAACAGCCUGUCUCAGCAUAUGUUUUCACUGGACAAGGUUCUCAGGAACAGGGUAUGGGAAUGGAGCUUUAUGCAAGCAGCCCCGUCGCGAAAGAGGUAUGGGACCGAGCCGACAAGCAUUUCCUCGACAACUAUGGUUUCGCCAUCACCAACAUCGUGAGAAACAACCCCAAGGAACUUACGAUUUAUUUCGGUGGCCCUCGUGGUAAGGCUAUUCGCCAAAACUACAUGUCCAUGACCUUCGAGACGGUUGGGGCCGAUGGAUCUAUCAAAUCAGAGAAGAUUUUCAAGGAGAUUGACGAGAAGACGACCUCGUACACCUACAGAUCACCAACCGGUCUCCUCUCUGCCACGCAGUUCACUCAACCUGCCUUGACGCUCAUGGAGAAGGCCAGCUUUGAGGAUAUGCGAUCCAAGGGUCUUGUUCAACGAGACAGCAGUUUUGCUGGUCACUCGCUCGGAGAAUACUCAGCUCUCGCCGCUCUCGCAGAUGUCAUGCCUAUUGAGAGUUUGGUGUCUGUCGUCUUCUACAGAGGUCUUACCAUGCAAGUCGCUGUCGAGCGCGAUGCCGCCGGACGAUCUAACUACUCUAUGUGUGCCGUCAACCCCAGCAGAAUCUCCAAGACAUUCAAUGAGCAAGCUCUUCAAUAUGUUGUCGAAAACAUUGCCGAGGAGACCACUUGGUUGCUCGAAAUUGUCAACUACAACAUCGCCAACAUGCAGUACGUCUGCGCUGGUGACCUCCGUGCCCUUGAUACCCUCACCGGCGUCACCAACUACCUGAAGGCGCAAAAGAUCGACAUCCAGCAACUGAUGCAGACCUUGUCACUCGAAGACGUCAAAGCGCACCUCGUUGAGAUCAUUCGCGAAUGCGCCAAGCAAACAGAAGCCAAGCCUAAGCCUUUGGAGCUCCAGCGAGGCUUUGCUACUAUUCCUCUCAAGGGCAUCGAUGUGCCUUUCCACUCCACUUUCUUGCGCUCAGGAGUCAAGCCUUUCCGAAGCUUCCUCCUCAGGAAGAUCAACAAGACCACCAUCGACCCAAGCAAGCUGAUCGGAAAGUACAUCCCCAACGUCACUGCCCGACCUUUCGAAAUUACAAAGGAGUAUUUCGAGGAUGUGUAUCGGUUGACAAACUCACCCAAGAUUGGCAACAUCUUGGCCAAUUGGGACAAAUAUGAGGAGCCGCAUACUAACGGUGUCAAUGGAGCGAAUGGUGCGAACGGGGUCAAUGGUGUGAAUGGUACACAUGCAUAGAUAGUA